ACGGACAGAACACAUUCUAACGAAAGCUCAAACAGCAAACACACAGCAAGCGCAGCUUCAACUGCUACAACAACAACAUGAAAUUCUUUGCGACCAGCAUACUCGCUUUGGCGCUUUUCGGCGCACUCGCCGCCGCAUACCCGCAAUCGUUGGGUGGCUCGUUGAGCAGCAAUCCGAACGGCGGCGCCGAUGCUAGACUGGAAUUGGCGAAGGGUAUUGGCACGCCGGACCACAAUGUGAUUGGCAAAGUCUUCGCUGCGGGCAAUACGAACGGCGGACCAGUGGCCACGGGAGGCGCCUUGGCCUACAACAAUCAUGGCUUGGGCGCUGCCAUCUCGAAGACGCACAUUCCCGGCGUACGCGACACCUUCAGUCAGAGCGUCAAUGCGAAUCUCUUCAAUAAUGGCGUGCAUAGCGUGGAUGCCAAUGCCUUUGCUUCGCAGAACAAAUUGGCGAAUGGUUUCAAGUUCGAACGCAACGGCGCCGGUUUGGAGUACUCGCACAUCAACGGUCAUGGCGCCAGCUUGACCCACAGCAAUAUACCGAACUUCGGCAGACAAUUAGAGUUGGGUGCCAAGGCGAAUUUGUGGUCUUCUCCCGAUCGUAAUACACGCUUGGACUUGACUGGCAGCGGUUCGAAGUGGUUGAGUGGACCGCUGAGCGGACAGAAGGACUUCAACGCCGGUUUGGGAUUGACUCAUAUGUUUGGCUAAACGAAGAUUAAAAUGCUGCGGGGUAGUAAGAGAGUGGGGGAAACACAUAUGCUUCAUGAUUUGUGUAAAGAAUUGUUCUUAAGUAACAGAAUUUAUUGUCCGUUUAUAAAAAAAAUAUUUAUUAUAAAAUAAAAUUGUAUUCGAAAAGUAAA